AUGUGUUCGUCUCCCAAGUACAUAGUAUUUGAGGAAGAACUGCUUAAUUUAUUUGGCCGCUGUCUUGAAUGUGGUGACGAGGUCCUGGAAAAGGAGCUAUUGGAAAAGGGAGGUGCACUUAAAGUAACGACACUUUGUAAAAACUCCCAUUCGAAGGAGUGGGUUUCCCAGCCACUUGUUAACAGGGCGGCCGCGGGAAACGUAUUGCUUUCAGGUGCUAUACUUUUUACAGGAAAUACGUUUUCGCGUGUUUCAGAAGUUGCCUCCGCAAUAAAUCUUGCCUUUCUGAGCAAAUCGGAUUAUCACAACUGGCAGAAGAAGUACCUUUUCCCGGUUAUAAAUGAUCGUUGGCAGCAGGAAAAGGCGGCAGUCCUCACCGAUCUCUUAGACAGGAAACUCAGUCACUCUCCUCGGGGAUGGACGUUGUGA